AGCUGACGUGUGGCGGAAGAUGGCUGACAGCGGACACUUGGCAGCAAAAAGAAACGACUCCGGUUCCUCGUCCUCUGUGAGCAUGGAGACCAUCUCCACCCUGACGGAGCUGGAGGACCUGGAGAGCGUUUACCAGCGACUCUGUGCCGAGGAGAAAGAAGUAGAAGCUGAGCUGGACAGACUGGUGGGGCAGGAGGGGAGCGUUCACACCAAGAUGCUGGCACUGCAGAGGAUGGGACCUAAUUUACAGCUGAUUGGUGGAGAUGCCUGUCAACUUUCAGGCAUGAUCAAUUUUACCUGCAGCCUGGCUGAGAACGUCAGCCGCAAAGUCAGACAGCUAGACUUGGCAAAGACACGCCUCUAUAAUGUCAUCCAACGCGCUGACGAUAUCCUCGACCUGAAGUUCUGCACUGACGGCGUGCAGACGGCGCUGCAUAAUGAAGAUUAUGAACAGGCUGCUGCGCACAUCCAUCGAUACUUGUCUCUGGACCAGUCAGUUAUUGAGCUGAGCCGGCAGGGAGAAGAAAGCAGUGCCGUGGACGCCAGUCUGGUCUUGCUGCAGGAGGCAGAGCAGAAACUGAAGGUUAUAGUUGCACAGAAGCUCGAUGAGGCCGUGGCAGCGGUCGACCUCGCACAAGUGGAGCGGUUUUUCAAGAUCUUCCCGCUGUUGGGCCUCCACCAGCAGGGUCUCUCCCGCUUUGGUCAAUAUCUCUGCAGCCAGCUUGCCUCCAAAGCUGAGGAGAACCUGCUGCUGGCAACAGGAGGCGAUCUGGGUGAGAAAAGAGCUCUGCUGAUAUUUGCAGACACGCUGACUCUGCUGCUGGAAGGGAUAGCUCGUGUUGUUGAGACUCAUCAACCCAUCGUAGAGACGUACUACGGUCCAGGCCACCUGUACACGCUCAUCAGUCACCUGCAGCAGGAGUGUGACACUCAGGCUCAGAAAAUAGUCGAUAAGUUUAUCCAGCAGAGAGGAUACCACAACAAGUUUCAGAUUGUUCAGAGCAGCAUGAUGAGGAGCGUUCCAGGGGAAAGGAUUGAGCCGAGGGAACUGGACCCCGUGCUGUCCGAAGUUACUCUGAUGAACGCCAGGGCAGAGCUCUACCUGCGCUUCCUGCGUCGUCGCAUUAUGGCAGACUUUGAAGUUGGAGAUGAUCGGAGCAUCACGCAGGAGCAUCAGCAGAAUGUGGAGAAGCUUCUCAAACACUGUUUACUGAGCAGGAUGAUGCAGGAGCUGAUUGGAUACUACAUCCCAAUGGAGGAAUAUUAUAUGAGAGAGUCCGUUAACAAGGCCGUUGCCAUGGAUACAUAUGAAAAGGGUCAGCUGACCAGCAGCAUGGUUGAUGAUUGCUUCUACAUUGUGAAAAAGUGCAUCAGUCGAGCUUUGUCGAGCUCCAACAUCGACUGCCUCUGUGCCAUGAUCAACCACGCCAACUCUGUGCUGGAGUCAGACUUCAGGGAGGUGCUGUACAACAAGCUGCGGCAGGGCUUCCCGGCUACGACGCUUCAAGACAUCCAGCGUGGCGUCAGCAGCGCGGUCAGCCUGAUGCAGAGCAGCUUGCAGCAGGGCAAGUUUAACACUCUGGGCAUCGAGAGCAUGGAAAACGCCAAGGCUGCAUUUCUGGUGACUCUGAAUAACGUGGAGGUGUGCAGUGAAAACAUCACAACUUUAAAGAGGAACCUGGAGAACGACUGCUCCAAGUUGUUCAGCCAGGGGGUCGGUUCUGGUGAACAGGCCAAGAUUGAAAGCUGCUUGUCCGAUCUCGUCAGCACGUCUGCAAAGUUCAAGGAUCUCCUACAGGAGGGUCUGACGGAGUUGAACACGACAGCCGUGAAGCCUCAGGUCAAACCCUGGAUCAGCAGCUUCUUGUCCAUCUCGCACAACAUAGAAGAGGAGGAGUUUAAUGAAUACGAGGCUAAUGACCCCUGGGUGCAGCAGCUCAUCGUUAACUUGGAGCAGCUCAUGGCCGAGUUCAAGGCCGCCCUCUCCCCUGUCAUUUAUGACACGCUGACCAGCCUGAUGACCAGCUUGACCUCAGUGGAGCUGGAGAAGACGGUCCUGAAAUGCUCGUUCAGCAGGCUUGGAGGGCUGCAGUUUGAUAAAGAGCUUCGCUCUCUCGUGGCGUAUCUCACCACCGUGACCACGUGGACCAUUAGAGACAAGUUUGCUCGCCUCACACAAAUGGCCACCAUCCUCAACCUGGAGCGGGUCACUGAGAUCUUGGAUUACUGGGGUCCUAACUCAGGCCCGCUGACAUGGCGUCUGACUCCCGCAGAGGUGCGUCAGGUGCUGGCGUUGCGAAUCGACUUCCGAAGCGAAGAUAUCAAGAGGCUUCGCCUGUAGCUCAGGAGCCAGAGGUCAUCGGAGGACGCACUACCCACCUGCUGAUGCGCUGGGCUGUAAACGGACGUUUGCACGACACAAAGAAACAAUGGAGGAUUUUGGCGAUCUUCUUCUGUGUUUCUGAACUUGGCCCAGCUGAUUCCAGUCUGGGUCAGCUAAGCUUUUGAGGACACGGGGGUUCUGUGGUUA